CACUAAAGGAUCAGGUGAUCCACUAACUACGAAGCGAAGGCUGACUGGGGAAAAUGCAAAAUGACAUAUAGCAAAUGUCGGAGCAUAAUUCAUUCACAUUUUCGGCUCAAUUUCGGACUUAAAUCGCACCGCUGGAGCUCCAAUGUGACGAUGGCUCGUUAGGGCUGGUGGCGCAACUGCGAUUUUUUUGAUAUUUUAAUUUAUGAAAAAUCACAUUAACAGACAAAUAUUGGUUUCAACAUGGGGCUGUGCUACAGUUUGCGUCCCCGGCUCUUCGGGGACCUGAGCGGGUCUAUUUCCAACGCUACCUCGGACUCGGACCAGCCUCCGGACGCCGCCGUGCCGACCCGCGCCGUGGGAGCUCGCCAGGAGGACACCGGGGGAUGCGGGGAGACUUCGUCGCUACGCGGCGGCGGCGGCCCGGUGCGCCCCGGGGACCCUGCCAGGCUCCCGGCCGGGGAGCACCGCCGUGGAGACACCGGUACCGACGGUGUGCUCAUACAAAACGGAGGUGGUGGAGGAGGAGGCGGUGGUGGCGGCGGAGGUAGCGGCAAGGGGACAGGGAAGGACCGCGGCCGACGCUUGCAGCUGCUGCAAAAGACUAGCACCCAAAAGCAGAAAAACUGGGACAAAUUGCUGGUGGAGGAGAAGGAGGCCGAGAAGGAGGCGAAGAAAGUCAGUAAGAAUAUUGACAGGGCGCUGAAGGAGCUCAAACGGGAGUACAAACAGACGCAUCGGCUGCUGCUGCUCGGUGCGGGAGAGUCCGGAAAAAGCACCAUUGUGAAGCAGAUGAGGAUCCUACACGUCAACGGCUUCAACGCGGAAGAAAAGAAACAGAAAAUCCAAGAUAUUCGGAAAAACGUGAAGGAUGCCAUAGUGACUAUAGUGUCUGCGAUGAGCACUUUAAUACCCCCAGUCCCGCUAGCCAACCCAGAGGACCAAUUCAGAAUCGAAUACAUCAAAAGCAUAGCACCCCUCUCCGACUUCGACUACUCACAGGAGUUCUUUGAUCACGCAAAGAAGCUGUGGGACGACGAAGGCGUGAAGGCAUGCUUUGAGAGGUCCAAUGAGUACCAGCUCAUCGACUGUGCACAAUAUUUCCUGGACAGAAUUGACUCUGUAAGACAGAACGACUACACACCAACGGACCAGGACCUUCUACGCUGCCGAGUGUUAACUUCAGGGAUUUUCGAGACGAGGUUCCAAGUAGACAAAGUGAACUUUCACAUGUUUGAUGUUGGGGGCCAGAGAGAUGAAAGGAGAAAAUGGAUCCAGUGCUUUAACGACGUCACUGCUAUCAUCUUCGUGGUGGCCAGCAGCAGCUACAACAUGGUAAUAAGGGAAGACAAUAACACCAACAGGCUACGGGAAGCCCUGGACCUCUUCCGCAGUAUUUGGAACAACAGAUGGUUACGCACUAUAUCGGUCAUAUUAUUCCUGAACAAGCAGGACAUGCUGGCUGAGAAAGUAUUAGCUGGAAAAUCCAAAAUUGAAGACUACUUCCCUGAAUAUGCUCGCUACACCAUACCAAAUGAAGCAACUCCUGAACCUGGUGAAGACCCAAGAGUGACGAGAGCUAAGUUCUUCAUCCGAGAUGAGUUUCUUCGGAUCAGCACUGCGAGUGGCGACGGCAGACAUUACUGCUACCCCCACUUCACCUGCGCCGUGGACACAGAGAACAUCCGGCGGGUGUUCAACGACUGCCGGGACAUCAUCCAGAGAAUGCACCUGCGGCAGUACGAACUCUUGUGAUGGGAGACCGCCUCCGUCAGCCUUCUGUGUUUUUCUCCACCAUUCUGCAUCCUUGACGAACCCUUCCUCCUCCUCCUCCUCCUCCUCCUCCUCCUACCCCUCCCUCACCCUUCCUCCUCCUCCCCCAAAGAAACCCUCCCGACCACCCCUCCUGUCGAGGACUAUGAAGUACUACUGAAGUGUGUCAAAUCCUCUUCCUCUUCUUAACUUUUUGUACUUUUUUUUUCUCUCUCUCUGAGACCGAUUCAUCCCCAUUUCGCCGACGUGAAAGGAAGGUUGGGGAACAAAGUUGUUGCGUGCCGCUUCUUCUUCUUUUUUUUUCUUUUUCUUUUAAUCCUUCCUUUUGAAUGCCUUGAUUUUUGUCAUUCCACUAAGCCUUGGGCUACCUCCUGUUUUUUUUUUGCCCCUUUGUGUCCUGUUUUUUGGCUUUUGUCAUUGGACCUGGACUCGGUGGGUGUGGAGACAUAAAAAACACACCUGCAGGACCUCAGUGUAGAGGCAGUGUGUGUGUGUGUUAACGUGUGUGUGUGUAAUGAAGAAAAGGAGGAAUGCCAUGUGAGCAUGUGUUUAUGUUUGUGUGUCACCUGCCGGUUAAAGCUGGCGUCACCACCAUGACCUUUGCGCCCCGUUUUUUUUUGGGUUUUUUUUUCACCCCCUCUGACCUGCCUCUCCUCUCCGCGUGGAAGACGACUGGACGGAGAGGAGCGGACGGAGGGGAGCCGAGUGGAUGAAGAGAUAAAUGCACUUUGCAUCAGGUUCCUUAAUAACUUUUUUUUUCGUUGUUGUUGUUGUUGUUGUUGUUGUUUUUUCUCCAGAGGAAGCAUACACACAAUGUAGCAUCACAAUAUUUAUUACCCUGUCACGAUGUUAGCUUGCCAAGCUGCAGGGUGCACCGAGCAGCCGAGAGACGUGUGGAGCGAAGUUUAAAGUGGGAGGGGGGCAGGAAAUACACGAUGAAGGAUUUAAAUGAAGGAAAAGGGACUGAGCUCUCUGCACCUUAGCCCUGCUGCCUCCACGGACUCGGACCUGCCUCCUUUUUCCACACAAACCAUCCUUUUAGCUUAGAGAUACUGAUGGGAGGGGAGGGUGGGAGGGGAGGAGGGACGGGAGAGAAAAAUGUAUUGUUCUCUUUUUUUUUGUUAACUUGUACACUGUGCAAGGUUGAAUUAUCCUGUACAGACUGUAAAAUGUAAUAUUAUUUUGUACAACUUAAUUGAAAGAAAAACAAAUCUACUUGUAGAUCUUUGUGCCUUGAUUAUGGCUGUACCUGUAAAUGAGCUCAGAUGUAAGUAUGUUUUCGACUGCGCUGUACAGCUUGAUGUCAAUCUCUAUCAGCAGCGGAAGACUGCGGGUAGGGGACUUUCUCUGUAGAGUUUAGUUUUUUCUGGUUUAUAAAAAAAAGGAAAUGCUGUUUAGUAAAAAAUAAAAAAUAGGGAAAAAAUCCUAAAAACCUGUAUACAUUAUGCAAAUUAACCACUUACCUGCAGUGAAGACCAGAUGUUGCAGCGCCAUGCCUUUUUUUUUUCUUAUUCUUCUUCUGUUGGUUUUAUUUUUCCUCCUUUUUAUUUUAUUUUAUUUUAUUUUGAAUUUCACAGCUUUAAACAAACAUUGGAAAUCCAUUGAAAGUGUCCAAAUUGCAACCUGGUGUUGUUUUAAUAGGAACCAACGUUUUUUCGAUAUGAAGUGUGUCUGAGAUCUGUACUGAUGUGCGUGCCUGUGCGCAUGUGUACAUAAGACAAACAUAGACUCACAGACGCAUUGUGUGUGUGUGUGCGUGUGUGUGUGUGCGUGCGCGCGUGUGUGAGGGCGAGUGUGCGUUGUGUGUAAAAUUUUAUAAAUGUAUGUACAUGUAAAUUUAUAGGUCUAUAUAAAUAUAUAUGUACAAUUAUACAUGUUUAAUUAUGUGUGUGCCUAGGUGUACAUACCUAUGUAUGUAUACGGUAAAUAUGUAUACAUACACACAUAGGAAAGCAUGUUUAGAAUGGAGAUGAAUAAAUGAGAGCGUGCAAUAUUAGUAAUUCUUUGGUCCUUUGGAGCCAUACCCAAUGGCACAGGCACUAUGAAUGUGUGAGCAGCACCCAACAAGACAAGCUCUUCUCCUUGUACAAACAGCAUCAGCCUUUUCUUCUGCUACAGUACACGUCUAUCCCCAAAAGAGAGUGAACUGACUGGAGGUGCAAAAACCUUGUUUGGCCUGGGAGGAUGAUUAAAUGACAUUUUUAUUUUCUUUAAAUAAAGAGGCACAUUAGAGGA